AUGGAGCGCACAGAAGGCUCCAGCCAGGACAUCUGGCAAGACUGUAUCAGAUUGUUCCUCCAAACUGAGAUUUGCAGUGAUGCAGCAGUUGUCACCAAUUGUCCCCCCUGGAUACUAGCUUCUUCCCCAGAAGGCAACUUUAUUCAGAUGACCCAGGAAGAAGUUCAGACCUUACUGGCAAAAGAUGAGAGAGAAAAACUGUUUCUCCACGGAGUCACCCUUGCUGGAAUCAAAUGCCUGUUGAUCAGAGACAACCUGUUCACUGAGGGCAACAACAGCAUGGACCUGCGCACCAAAGGUCAAAGUAGAGGAAGCCAGGCAGUAACAGUGAUUCAGAUGGAAUCUGUGUACCUCGUGGUGAUGGGAAAGAAGGGGACAGAAGGAGGACCUCUCAAUCUCAAAGCUUUUGAGAUAGCAGGCUACAUGAGAGAGGCCAUUCUUCAACAAAUUGCCCGUUGCUAA